CGAUAUUUGGUUUUAUCGAUCGCCUGCGGCCUCUCUUGCACUUGUCGAGAUGCGUUUGAGCUGCCGUUGCUGCGAGGCGGCUAAAGCUGCAUCGGAGGCUGGUCGCCCGAAAGCAUCGACUUCAAGACAUCCGGACGCAUUGCCGGCGCCUGAGCUCAAGGCAGCGUUAGACACACUGACGUCUUUUCUUCAAGGCCAUACUGCUAAAUACCAAGCCCAAGGCUGGCGUGCAAGCGCCGCUCAUCUCCACGACAAGCCCGCAAAGCAUCUCAGACAGCCUUAUAGGCAUCGCUAUCUUGACUUUGCGCCUCUCGUAAAGCGAAUCCAAGGAGAGAGUGCUCAGACGAGGCAAAACCGCUAUGCGACUCGGGGCGAUGUGCCGCGAGCAAGGACCCUUGCUACUCAUGCCGCCACUCGCACUGUCGACCUCCCUGUGGCUUCGCUAAGCUGGCAGGCUCACUACCCGACCUCUACCUAUCGCUUUCAAGCAGGCGAUCUGCUCGUUACCUUUGCACAGGGAGAAUAUACAUUAUGCAUCGUCCUAUCGGUACCCUCCCAAGCACAGGUCUUGGCGCUGCUGGGAACGGGCAGGAUAAAGCCGAUUGCGAUCUCUUCGGCCACAUGGGUCCUGCCUGCGUUCGAGAAAGAUCUUCGCUUGAUAGAGACAAUCAUCAAACCCUUUGCCAAGGACAUGGAAGCUGCGCUUGAUCCGUUAGUCGCUGCAGCGUACAAAGAGGAUGAAGAUCUUUGCAUAAGCCCCGAUCCUGAAGAUCCUGACGCGGAGAACCUCGAGGCAAUGGGAUGGUGGAUACGAGGCCUCGAUCCAACCACGAGCGAUUACGACGUAGAUAUCGCGGCGUCUCUCACAGCUUCACGCAAGCUAAUACAGCGCAUUCGCCGCUUUGACAUCGAUAGCUCUCGUGCGGUCCGUGACGUCUACCAAAUGGGUGUCACAGCAUUGCCGCUCUUCGCAGACGCGCAUGACCAGAUCAAACUUGACCAAGCGCUGGGCUGGAUAAAGCUCGGAAGUGGCAAUAAGCUGUCCAUCGAUGAUAAGACUUCGCUCGCCGUGCACGUCAACCUUAGCCGGAACGUUGAUCAUGUUUUGCUUGAUCCGGUCCAACACGUACGCUCGCAAACGCAUAUUGUCGUCGAUUCGGCAUACCAAGAGGAUGCCAUGAUGAUCGCAGCGAUGGUCGAGUCCAAUCAUCCCGACAUCAAAGCCUUUGUUGACAAAGCGAGCCGGUGUGUCGAGGCUUUUGAAUCACAACGGUACGAUCCCGACAAGCCAGCGGACUCCCGAGCGCGAUCUCUUGGCAAGUGGACGGACUCUGAGAUGCGUAUACUGCGUUGCAUGAAGGAAGCGUCGGUCCAGCGAAGAUAUCUGCAAGAGAACUCGAAGCCAAUCUUGUUCUCGUCGUUGCUGCGCCAGAUCCGACCUUGGCCAGGUCAAUCGCCUCUCCCGAGUUUGGCAUCUACGCUGUCAGAUCUGCGUACAUUGCUGAGAGCACUGUUUGUUUUUGCGCCUUGGGAACACGCCUCACAAGAGCUUCUGUCGAUGAUGCAUGCUGACCUACCAGCUCUUCCCAAGCCAACAGACCUGUCGAUCGCUCCCGAUCUCUACAAAGAGGACGGUCUCUUCGCUCGGGACCUGCUCGAGCCAAUCAGAUACGAUUUCGGCGAUCAGCGUGUGCUCGUUAUUGACGAUGCGGGUGCGGAGGAGCUGGAUGAUGGAGUCUCGACAGAGCCUGGUGAGCCUACAGAGGACGGCAAGCCAACUCAAUGGAUCCAUGUGCAUAUAGCCGAUCCCACAGCUACUUUACCGCUUGGCCAUCCUCUUGCCAAAGAUGCUAUCCGUCGGUUGAGCACGAUUUACACCCAUGGCAAGAGUGCCCGAGCCAUGCUCGAUGAAGGAGUUAGCAAGGCUCAUUCACUAGAGGCAGCCAAAGAUGGCAAAUUGCCCGUCUUGACUUUCAGCGCUCGUCUUGAUGCUUCAGGUGUAUCGAUCGAGACGCUCGUACGUCCGGCGUACAUUCGCAACGUGCAGAGAUAUACGUACGCUGCUCUGGACAAACACAUCGGCACGGCUCCGUUGGAGGUCGGCCUUACGCUUCAAAUUGGCAAAGUGCAGACAAUCGAACAACGACCGGAACAGCCGGUGCUGCACGCAGAUGGCGCUAUCAUGGACGUAUUGCUUCAAUAUGGUCAGGCUGUCACGAGCUACAAAGUCAGUUGCGGAUUGACCCAGGCAACGAUCGCAAAGCCGAAGCUUGAGGUCAUCAAUGGCCACGAGCUACGUUCUCUAUGCCCGAUUGAACGCGACAUACGACCCUUUACUGGUCUGCCUUCUCUCAGGGUGACGUUCCCGCCAAACGAAUAUGAUUCGGCUUCGGGCGGCGCCGACGGCAGAUACGAUGGCGCACAGGUCAUCGCUACAUUCAUGAGUAUGGCAUGCGAAAUGGCAGGUCAAUAUCUCAGGCGUCGAUCGGUCGAAGCGAUCUACCUUUCUCGCCCGCAUGGCUAUGCACGAGACGCUUCGAUCCUGCCCGCCCUUGAUUUCAACGCGCGUCAUCCUUGUACGGGUCGUAUGCCUAUACGAGAGAUCCUGAAGACCAAACGGAUGCUGUAUUCGCUCACUUUCAAUCAGACAUCGCUGGUGCCGUCUGGCUGGCCCUUGAUGGGGAUCCCGGAUGAUUCUGCGUAUGUCCGCGUCACGUCUCCUCUCAGACGAGCUGUCGACCUCGUAUCACAUUGGCAACUGAAGCAACAGCUAGCAAAAGAUGCAAAUCUGCCAUGGCCGGAGCAAGAAGCGCCUCGGACAGAAUUCGUACAUGCUCUGCUGAUUGCUUAUGACCGGCACAGUCGAGCGGUUCGUCUAGCGCUGACGCGAUACGACACUGCGCUGUUCUUCUACGUCUUUGAGCAGGCAUGGCGCGAUCUGAAGGCGGGCAAAAGCAAGAACGAAGAACUAUCUCGGCUGCUCGACAGUCUGACAGCGAUGCCGACGCUAGAUGCUACCAGCGCCGGUGGAGACCGAAGCACGAUCACACAGAUCUUCGUGCCUGAGCUCGGCCUUUACUGCUCCCUCAAGGAAAACUUCGCGCCUUUGGCAACUCGGACGCGCACUUCGUCUGACUUGGACAGCGAUCGCUUCCCCGUGGAGAUCAGUGAAUUCGACAGGCUCUCUGACAUCCCCGUGCUGACUAUGUCGAAGCUGAAGGAUAGGCCGAAGCCUGCAAGUCCAUCGACGACGACCGAAGCUAUCGAGAGCAAUGGCGAAGCUAAGAACCCGAAGCAGCUCGCUGCAGCUGCGGAGAUCAGCUUGCCGUCCCAGUCGACCUCUCCCAAGACUGGCCGUUCCUCAUCGAUACAAUUCGUUCCGCUGAGUAUACCCAGAGCUCGGCGACUGCAGACGGCCGCUGUCGUCGGAUGGGGCGUCUCACUGCCGUUUGCUCUGUUUCUGUUCUUCAUGCUAUGCUCGAUACCGCCUUUCUGGCCGAUCAUCAUCGUCUAUCUCAUCUGGGCACUCGGGUUCGACACUGCACAAGACAAUGGCGGAAGGCCAAGUGCUUGGCUGAGAGGACACCAGUUCUUCAAGCUAUUUGCAGGCUACUACCCCGUCAGCCUUAUCAAAACAACCGAAUUGCCCGCUGAGCGGACAUACCUCUUUGGCUAUCAUCCCCAUGGAAUCAUCGGCAUCGGCGCAGUCUCCAACUUUGGCUCAGAUGCUACGAACUUCUCAAAGAUCUUCCCGGGCAUCAAGCCGCAUCUGAUGACACUGUCGAGCAACUUCCAGAUCCCACUCUAUCGCGAGUUUCUCAUGGCGAUGGGCAUCUGCAGUGUGAGCUACAAGUCCUGCUCGCAUAUCCUCAGACAGGGCCCCGGCUCAUCGCUCACGAUCGUUGUUGGCGGCGCGACGGAGUCACUGUCAGCUCAUCCCGGCACAAACGAUCUCACACUGAAGAAAAGAUUGGGUUUCAUCAAGCUCGCUAUCAGAGAGGGUGCAGAUCUUGUACCCGUCUUUUCUUUUGGAGAGAAUGAUAUCUUCGAUCAAUUAGCGAACGAAAAGGGCACGAGGCUAUACACGCUGCAGAAAAAGUUCCAAUCUGUCUUUGGCUUCACGCUUCCCAUCGUACACGGGCGAGGCGUCUUCAAUUACAACCUGGGGCUUCUACCAUUCCGACAUCCUAUCACGAGCGUCGUCGGUCGACCCGUCAAGGUCACCCAAAACGCAAAGCCAUCUAUCGAAGAAUUGUAUGAGGUGCAAGGGCGAUAUAUCGAAGAGCUCACCAGGAUCUGGGAUGACUACAAGGACAUCUACGCGCCUCAUCGCAAGCGGGAGCUCAGUAUUGUAAGCUGAACGCUAGCAAGACACGGUUUGUACAACACACACUAGCUAAAAGCACAAUCUGUCUCGUGAUCAUGUCGUCAUCCUGAGAGCGAGUACAAUGAAGUGUCAGACGUAAUGCUGACGAGCAUGUCCCGUCGGCGCAAACUCGACAAUCGCAAAGUGAUUGCCAAUGUUUAGCGCAGCAUGAACGUGUGCAGCGCCCUCGUCGACGCGUGAGCCGGAUUCGGGCUGCUGCGUCGAUAAACUUGCCUGAGCGUUGU